AUGGGUCAGCUAUUAUCGCAUCCAAUUCAAGAUAAAACACUUGAUCAUAAGGAUCAUGAAACGUUGUCCUAUUCUAUUGGAUCAAUGCAAGGGUAUAGGAUGUCAAUGGAAGACGCACACGACGUAAGAGUAAACGAAGACGAGUCGUUGGCAGUGUUUGGAGUUUUUGAUGGUCAUGGAGGAAAACAUUGUGCUGAAUACCUCAGUGAGAAUUUGCCAAGACGGAUCUUAAGGAUUCUUAACGAGUCCGAAGGACUUCAAUUAGGCGACUAUAUACGACUAAUAAAGGACUCGUUUUUCAAGGCUGAUCAUGAUCUUUCCAAAUUACCCAACACGCUUAACUGUGGAUCCACCGGGAUAAUUGCUACAAUUGUGAAAGGGAAAUAUAUCAUCGUAUCUAAUACAGGUGACUCAAGAUGUAUAUUAUCGGUAAAUGGCCUGGCAAAAACACUUUCCUUCGACCAUAAACCUGCUAUUAUGAACGAGAGAAUUAGAAUAGAAAAUAGUAACGGAUACAUACUUAACAAUCGGAUCAACGAGAUUUUAGCAUUAUCAAGAGCCUUGGGGGACUUUAAAUUCAAGGUCCCAUACUUGAGUGGAUCACACAACAAGUACAUAAUGAAAAAUAAGAAGUUCUACCGAAAGGGACUUGUUCUUCUUCCACCAGAGUUGUUUCAAGUUACCGCAGAGCCUGAUUUCAUGAUAUAUGACUUGAGUAACGAGACCCCUGAGUUCAUAGUUCUUGCGUGCGAUGGGAUAUGGGAUUGCUAUAAGAACGGCCAGCUCGUCAAGGUUAUAAGGCAGAAGCUUGGAUUAGGAUGGACUUUGAACCGCAUUAUCGAGUUCGUGUUAGACGAUUGCCUACUUAUGGCAAAUAGCUAUACUGGAAUCGGCUUUGACAAUAUGACGCUUAUCAUAGUCGCUUUACAUGAAAACGGCAACAUUGAUGAAUGGUACGAGUUAAUGAGACAUAGGGUUCAGUACGAAGAAAAUUGA